UGGAUACAAUAUGGCGUUUAGAUAUGCAAUUUAUAUGUUUUUCAAAUACGAAGAAAUAUACAAAGAACUUUGUGAACAAAAACAGCUGUGUUUUACUAAUUAAGUUUGGACAAUUCUGCAAAAUGUUACGAAGGGUACAAGCAAAAAUUGAUAAGAAAAGGUUUGUGUUGGAAUAUCAUCAUCAAUUUCCAACGGUUUUAACAUGUAAAAAUUGUGAAAAAUUCUGCCAUCCGCCAUUCUAUAUGUGUAAAAACCUUCAUAUGUAUUGUGCUAUGUGCGGAUUGAAACGAAGUAUCUGCUUGAAGUGCCAAUGUUUCGUCUACAAGAAUAAUAUGAAAUUGUUGAGAACAAUGUAUGAAAACGUCAACUUCCCUUGUGAGAACAGGUUACUUGGUUGCAGCGUCGUAGCCAAGGGGUCUUGCGUAGCAAAACAUCAGAAAAGUUGCAGCUACACCAUAAUCACCUGUCCUGUGCCCUUAUGCUCUUUCUCAUAUCCUGUGCAAAAUAUUUUCGAUCAUUUCGAGGCAGAACAUUCGACAUUUGUAUAUCCCGACAACGUAUACCAAAAGAGGAUUUUCUUCAGUGAUCUUAUGUCGGAGUGUAUUAUAUUGAAAAACAUUAUACAGCAUUUUGGUAUGGUUUUUCUCGUGAGAAUUUUCGUAAGCCUCACACAGAAUUUUAUUAGAUAUGUUUCUGUGAAUAUAGGACCAUUCAAGGACGUUGAAAAAUAUGCUGCUGUAAUCUUUUUCGAGCAGUUAGAGGACAAAGCCUGGGCUUUGGUAACUGGAUGCAAUUACAUUAAGAAUGGCAUAAUACCGGAUUCUAAAUUUGCUCGUAAAAACAUUUCGGAACUGAAAAUGCAUGAGGAUUUUUAUUUUGCACAUGAGGUGGGAAUUUCAAGAAAAUUUGACUGAGUAG